GAAAAUACAUCCAUCGGCAUACAACGUCAAAGCAUCGCCUAUGUCGCCAAUAUGAGCAGCUUUGGGGGUUAUAACAAAAGCACUGCAAAGUAUCUGCAAUAUGAACCAGCCGAUGAGGAAGAUGAAAUUCAAGUCCUUGAUGGAGAUUCAGAUCGCAAAGAGAUCUCUCCCGCGCAGGUAGCUAGUCUUGCAUCCUUUCGAAAUCAGGACCUACCAUGCAUCAUCAACAAGAUGCCUGCUGAAAUAAUUACAGCUAUCAUGCGCGAACUCACGCCCUGUAUGCGUGCUUGUCUUGGAGUCACGUGUAGAGACAUGUAUCAGUACUUCAAAUACGUCAACCCGAAGCUAGUCGACUUAUCUGAGAGAGCGGGCUCGGGAAUCCCAAACAAAGCUCUCUACUCACUUCUCAAGACUUGGAUUGGCCCCCAGUAUCGACGUGGGGUUUUGAUACCACAUCAUUAUCUUCUUAAAUCCGUGUAUGGACACACUCAAGAACUACCAGCUGUUAAGGCGGAAAGAUAUUUGGCUUACAGAUACAUCGAUUAUCAUCGAUCCAUGCAAGAUAACAUAACGCGUAUCCAUCCGUUUGCACUGUCAAAUCCGUGCAACAAAGGGGUCAGUUGGAAUGAGGAAGCUUUCCAAGUUAUGAAGGAAGAUCUAAAAUCACGCCUUGAUGACAUCUAUCCAUGGUUUCUUUAUUGGAACAACUUUCAUGUGUUUGGAUUGGAUGAAUAUGAGUAUUAUGAACAACUUAUUAUCUGGCGAGAGGAAUGGAUCGCAGAGAGGACUUGGUCUUAUUAUGCUGAAUGGAGAGAAAUGAUAGGAUUUUGAUAAUUGUUCUUCUUGAUAAGAUGUAUUUAAUGGUAUGGUCUUGUCUCUACAACAUCCUAGACAGUGUUUAAAUACCAUAAUAAAUCAAAUUUUCA